AUGGAUUCAAGACUGAACACAAAUCAGUUGAACGAGGCUUUAAACCAGUUGGCAGAUUGGUUUCCAGAAGAAGCAACCAAUCUGAAAAACAAUCGAGAUGCUAUCAUAAAGUGUAUCUUUGAAGGUACCGAACCUGCACCAGGUUCCAAACUCCUGAGCCUAAAGAGCAGUGCUGCGCAUGAGCCUCCUGCCUCCUUGCCACCUCUUACACCUUGCGAGGAAGCUAUCGGCGUGGUGAUAGUCGAUGCAGUAAUGUUCCUCUUGGGCCUAAUUGGGCUGCAUGUGUCCAACCAACAACGGAUUGCUCGAGCACUUUUAAAAAAUUUAAGCCCAGAUACUCUUCGUGGAUUCCUUCGAGAUAUACGCAAUUUUAACGAAGCCACAGGUGCGUUGAACAAGGCUAAAGCCCUCUUCAAACUCUUGGGUGGGAUUUAUAAAGCUGGCUGUCUCCGUGCUGUCUUCAAGGUGCUCAAGGAAGAGAUGACAUGGUGGGAAUGGGUCAAGACAGGCAUGAUUGCCGUAGCCCAGAUUAUGGUAUGGUUUGCAACUGAUGGCGUUGCCUUCGUAGCAGAAGCAGCCCUGAGCAUCAUGAGCGCCGAAAGUCUAAUAGAGGAUGCAAUUAAAGCUGAUAAAGUGUGUGGAAAGUAA